AAACGUGUCCAGUAUGCGAGACCAUUAUACGAACUGAACGCUGUAUUGCUAGAAUCGAUUUAGGCUUGAAACCAAGAGAAAAAGAGAGAGAGUGAGAGAGCUAGAAUCGAUAUUAACAUGCGACAUGUCGCUGGGGUGGAGUCCUUCGAUGAAGCACAGCGAACGUGAAAGAUGGAUAUGCAUUUAUCCGAUAUAUCUGAAUAGCAAGAGGAGCUUGACAGAUGGACGAAGGUUAGCCAAGAAUAAAUGCGUGGAGAACCCAACGCAUCAAGAAAUACGGGAUGUGCUGGUAGCAGCAGGAUUCAACGUAGGCGUGGAAAAUAAACUACAUCCGAAGGAACGCAGCAAGGAACCUCUCUAUCGCGGUCGCAUUCGUGUGCAGUUGAAAAACGAUGAUGGUACACCGAUACGAUCUGAGUUUCCCACUAGAAUUUCUCUCUUUGAAUAUAUUGGAGUCACAAUUCCAAAACUGAAGACUCGUCAAGGCAAACAGAGCUCGAGUGAGCAGGUAUCGCAAGCAUCCACAUCAACAUCUAAGAAGGGAAAAGGCAAGGGGAGAAGAUAAAAAAGAACACUUGAAGUCGUUAUCCAGUAUGCGUAUGUGACACAUUCAUGAUACAUAUAUAUUAUCUAGUAUGUGUGUGACAUAUGUAUAUGUUAUGUAUAUAUGAUAUAUAUGUAUAUACUUAUUUGUACAUGUAUAUAUCUUAUACAUAUACAUAUAUCUCUGAAUUCUAUACUUCAUCUGUAACAUUUAAGACAGAAUUAUUACAAUAUUUUGUGCACAUUUUAUAUUUUUCCAUUACUAAAUUUAAAUUAAGAUUCUGCUAGUCAUGCUAGGCAUGGUAAGAUGGAAAUGUCGCAUGUAUGUUUUAUCGAGUCAUUUUGGAAGGGAAUGAAAAGAAUUGACCAAUCUUAA